AUGGCAAAGCUGAUUAACAGAGAACAGAGAGCGAAGUUGAUAACCAUGUUGAGAGGAACGCCAGGGUAUAUGGCGCCUGAGUUAUUGGACAUGCAGCUCACUGAGAAAGCAGAUAUAUAUAGCUUUGGCGUCAUGGUGGUAGAAAUUUAUGAUUUUACAAGAAGGCCGGAAAUGUCGAGCAUAGGAAAGGCACUGGAAGAUAUGAGCGAGAUGGAUCAGGUUCCUCCUGUAUUUACAGCCUUGCCAAAUCAGCCCUUGCUAAUGGAGAAAGUCGACUCUUUUAUUUCCUCUUUUGCUUCCAUUUCAUUUAUUGUUCAUGUUUUCCUUCUAUCAUCACCUCUCUCUGUACGGUCAUUCCGUCUGCUUUCUCCCACUGGAUAUGGCGGCACCACGUGGAUCAACAAUAUUCAGUCUUUGGAUUCAUGGACAGCCCAAUCACUUGACAUAGGCGCAGUUACAAUCAGGCCAAUUCUUCUUUCUAACAAUAUCUCCUACGCCGGUGAGAACCUGCAGUAUGGAUGUGGAUUCUUCUGCUAUGAUGCUCCUUGUGACACAGGCUACUCUUUUGCAAUUUUUUUUGUUAUUUACCAAACUAAUUAUAGUGACCCAGAUGUCCUGCAAAUGGUGUGGACUGCAAACGGAGAUCGUUUGGUCCAAGACAACGCCACCCUUGGACUCACUUCCAGUGGAGAUCUUGUGUUGAAAGAUGCUGACGGUACUCUAGUCUGGUCUACAAAUACAUUCACAAAUGAUUUUCAAGUGAUGGUGAUGAAAGAAUCAGGGAAUCUGGUGCUCCUCAACCGCUCAAACGGAUCGAUGUGGCAGUCUUUCGACCAUCCAACUGAUACGUUGCUGUCGGGUCAGAAGGUGAAGGUGACAGAAGUUUACUGCAUAUAUUUCUCUAACCAACACAAGCACAGGUAUCCUUGGACGGCUACAGAUGUGAAAUUUUCCUUUAUAGGAUUUGACAACCGUUCGCUCUUAUACUAUUCAGAAGGAUCUCCAUCCAAUCCAAUUCCAAUCAAUCUUUCCAUACCUCAGGAUUCCCUCUACUCGAAGAUUUCUUAUGAUGGGCAUAUGAAAUAUUACUCUUUGCAAGCAAACAUUGGAAUAUAUGAUCUUGAUUUUUUAUCAGUAGUUAACCCUCUGCUAAGCAGGUGUGAAUAUCCAACAGUAUGUGGCCAGUAUGGUAUGUGUACAGCUAAUGGAUGCGACUGUCCAGUAAAGGAUGAAUACUUUUUCCAGAUUGACCCCUCAAAUCCCAGUUCGGGAUGUCGUCCAUACAAUCCCCUCGUUUGCUCAGGGACACCCAGUCCCACAGGGAUCAGUAGCAGGACACCACGUCAUUCCUUUCUGGAGCUGGAGCAUGUUUCAUAUUUUAGUUAUAGGUGGGAAAAUGCCUCUAUUGGAGAGCUGGUCACAGGAGAUUACUGUAGAAAUCUUUGCUCCACAAACUGCUCUUGCAAAGCAGCUUUUUUCUUGUAUGGUUUCAACGCCAAUGCUUCUCUUGGCUAUUGUUUCUUCAAGUCCUCAGUCUUCUCCUUGCAAAUGAACAAUAAAGCAAGCGAUGCCUUUUACAUUUCAACAGCUUAUAUAAAAUUUCAGCCAAAAUCUAAGCGAGCUCACUACUCAGUUAUAACUACAACUGUUUCUCUUGUUGGUGGGUCAGUUGCGCUGUUUCUGUUACUGUGGGUAUGGAUAUACAAAUUUAGAAAGGGUGGGCAAGAAGAGCAGAAGGAUGAGGAUUUAGACUUUCCGGCUGGCUCACCUGUGCGGUAUUCAUUCGAGGAAUUGCAAAAGGCUACAAAUGACUUUAGCCUGAAGCUGGGCAGUGGAGGAUUCGGUUCAGUUUAUGAGGGUAUUCUGUUGGACGACACAAAGAUAGCAGUGAAGCGGCUUGACAGAGCAGGGCAAGGCUCCAAAGAGUUCCGUGCAGAAGUGGAAACGUUGGGAAACAUUCAUCAUCUUAAUUUGGUGAGACUGAAGGGCUUCUGUGCAGAAAAGUCUCACCGAACGCUUGUAUACGAGUAUCUCCCAAAUGGGUCUCUUGACAAAUGGAUAUUUCCCAACGAAAGCCGUCAACGCGUACUAGAUUGGAAGACCAGAUACAAAGUUAUUCUUCAUAUAGCACGGGGAUUAUCAUACUUGCACGAAGAAUGUCGAGAACGAAUCAUUCAUUUCGACAUCAAGCCCCAGAACAUUCUUCUGGAUGAAAAUUUCAAUGCAAAAGUCUCAGAUUUUGGGCUGGCAAAGCUGAUUAACAGAGAACAGAGUGAAGUGAUAACCAUGUUGAGAGGAACGCCAGGUUAUAUGGCGCCUGAGUUAUUGGACAUGGAAUUUACUGAGAAGGCAGAUAUAUAUAGCUUUGGCGUUAUGGUGGUAGAAAUUGUGAGCGGCAGGAGAAGCAGAGAGCUUACAUCACCGGGAUCUGGAUUGUUUCCAUUGUUACAGCGUAAAGCAGAGGAAGGGGGAUUCGUGGAUUUAGUCGACUCCGAAAUCAAAGAUGAAGGGAUUGGUGCAGAACAGGAGGCAGCGGAAGUGUUGGGGAUUGCGCUGUGUUGUAUUCAGUAUGAUUUUACAAAAAGGCCAGCAAUGUCGACCGUAGUAAAGGCAUUGGAAAGUAUGAGCGAGAUGGACCAGGGUGCUCCUGUGUUUACAGCCUCGCCAAGUCAGCCAUUGCUAUUCUCUGAAGAUUUUAGUGACGGGAUUCUCCUCUGGGCUUUCGGUUUCUGA